CUACGAUUUGAGACCUGGUCUCAAUCAGUGUUAUAGAUAAUCUACCCAUCAAACCAACAUCUGUCAUUACCUCUGCUCGAGCAAGCCUUUCAUCUGAGCCGAUUUCCACGACACAUACCUGUCCAGCAUCCCGCAGCAACAAUGGGAGACGUUCUGGUUGACAAUCCGAUUCACACUGUUCCGCCUCACAAAAAACAACCUGUAUCAGACUCCAUACCAGAUAUCGAUUCACUAGAAGGAGCUGGAGCAGAUGGUGGGGAUGAAUACUCGACACUGAAGAGAUUACAGCGGCACUUGGAGUAUAUCAAGCUUCAAGAAGAAUACAUCAAAGAUGAGCAGAGAUCACUCAAACGAGAACUCGUGCGCGCACAAGAAGAGAUCAAGCGGAUACAAAGUGUUCCCCUUGUGAUCGGCCAGUUCAUGGAAGCCAUCGAUCAAAACACCGGAAUCGUUCAAUCUUCGACGGGCUCAAACUAUGUCGUUCGGAUUCUAUCAACACUCGACCGCGAAAAGUUGAAGCCAUCCUCCUCGGUCGCCCUCCACCGACACUCCAACUCACUUGUAGACAUUCUCCCGCCAGAAGCUGACUCCUCCAUUGCUAUGCUUGGGGCGGACGAGAAGCCCGAUGUCACCUAUGCCGAUGUGGGAGGUCUGGACAUGCAGAAACAAGAGAUUCGAGAGGCGGUUGAACUGCCCCUGACACAUUUCGACCUCUACAAGCAGAUUGGUAUUGACCCUCCUCGUGGCGUUUUGCUCUAUGGCCCGCCGGGUACGGGCAAGACUAUGCUGGUCAAGGCUGUGGCAAACAGCACAACUGCAAGCUUCAUCCGGGUGGUCGGCUCGGAAUUCGUGCAGAAAUAUCUUGGUGAAGGUCCACGCAUGGUUCGGGAUGUGUUCCGGAUGGCACGCGAGAACUCCCCCGCCAUCAUCUUCAUUGAUGAGAUUGAUGCAAUUGCAACCAAACGAUUUGACGCACAAACUGGUGCCGACCGUGAAGUGCAGCGUAUUCUUCUGGAACUCCUGAAUCAAAUGGAUGGUUUCGACCAAACCAGUAAUGUCAAGGUCAUCAUGGCCACCAAUCGUGCAGAUACGCUGGACCCGGCCCUUCUUCGACCCGGACGUCUCGAUAGGAAAAUCGAGUUCCCGUCACUCCGAGAUCGACGAGAACGUCGACUCAUCUUCAGCACAAUUGCCAGCAAAAUGUCACUCUCGCCUGAAGUUGAUUUGGACUCUUUGAUUGUACGCAACGAUCCAUUAUCUGGAGCCAUCAUUGCAGCCAUUAUGCAAGAAGCCGGGCUUCGAGCAGUUCGGAAGAAUCGCUACAAUAUCAUUCAAGCCGAUCUAGAGGAUGCCUACUCGAGUCAAGUCAAGGGUGCACAAGAAGCUGAUAAAUUUGACUUCUACAGAUGAUGUACUAGCAGAUGGGAUUAGGUACAUAUGUGACCCAACAUUGCGGUCGCUGGGAAACUAGAAGGCAGCACCACCAUGGGCGGUUCCCCUUCUUACGCCUUUCAAGCGGAACAGAGAACUUGUAGCACUAGAAUAUGAAAUAAUGCCGGCACUUUGCUGGUUACAAGACAAGGACUAAGAUCACG